GCGACCUAAAGCAGAACCCACCGCCCCUUCUCUCUCUCCUCUUCUUCUCUCUGGGGCCUCUUCUUACAAAUAGAGACAAUGGUUCUCGAAAUCUACUGCGACUCAUUCUUCUCAUUUUCUUCCGACUUUUUUCUCCCUAACCGUGUUUUGAUUUGACAAACAGCUUAGAAUUUAAGAACUCCAAAAAAGAGAAGAAAACCCAACUCAAAACUGAUCCUCAUCCUGCAAAUUUAACAGCGAAGGAGCCUCUUUUUACAGCUUUCUGAAUCUUCUACGUAUACAAAGGCUGAAUCUUGUAUUUGGAGGCAUAGAUUCUCCAUGGGAGAGGCCCCAGCAUUCUUUGUUGAUGAUCUGCAGAACGGUUGUGGUUUGACAUCUAAUUGCUGCCAGACUGCUACUGUUAUUGGCUCUAAAAGGUAUUUGAUUGGCAAGACAGAUGGUGAAUCGACAAUCUCUAUUGAUGUUAGAAUUUUUGAUGAAUAUCAAGGAGAGUGGGUGAUUCCUGCUGUGCUUGGAACAAAACCUGAGCCAUGUAAAGGCCUUUCGGCAGUACCUUUAAAUGGUGAUCGAAUAUUGAUUAUCAGGAAGGGUUCUUUGCCAGCUGACAGUAUUUGGUUCCUUGAGGUGGACUCCAAGUAUGUUAGGGAUCAGAAGAAAGUGUUGGGAACUGAGGUGGUUGCCUGGAGUAAGGGUGUGAUUGGUGUCUCUGAGAAGCCAAUUGUGAUUAGUGGUCCUUCUGGAGUAGGUAAGGGGACACUAAUAUCCAUGCUUAUGAAGGAAUUCCCAUCCAUGUUUGGGUUUUCGGUUAGUCACACAACUCGCGCACCAAGGAGCAUGGAGCAGAAUGGGGUCCAUUAUCAUUUCACUGAACGAAGUGUUAUGGAGAAAGAUAUCAAGGAUGGGAAGUUCCUUGAGUAUGCUUCAGUUCAUGGAAAUCUCUAUGGUACCAGUAUUGAAGCUGUUGAGGCCGUGGCUGAUGCAGGAAAGAGAUGCAUUCUUGAUAUUGAUGUUCAAGGGGCAAGGUCUGUGAGGGCAAGCUCUCUUGAUGCUACAUUCAUCUUUAUCUGUCCACCUUCGAUGGAGGAGCUUGAGAAGCGCCUUCGCUCAAGGGGCACCGAAGCAGAGGAACAGGUCCUAAAACGACUCCGAAAUGCUGAAGCAGAGAUUGAACAAGGAAAAUCCUCAUGCAUCUUUGAUCAUAUCUUAUAUAAUGACAACCUUGAUGAGUGUUACAAGAAUCUCAAGAAACUUUUGGGAUUGGAUGGAACUACAGCUCCUUCCCAUCAACAAUGCAAGGCUUCUCUCAAAUCCAAUGGGGUCGAUCUGCAGUCGGACCAUACAGUAUCGAAAGCUGAUAACAAGAUUCUGAUAACUUCUGGGAUACCAGGCAGCGAAAAUGCAUCAAAGAACUUGAUUAUUUCCUCGCUCAAAGGAGGUGCGCCUGGACGGACAAGAGGGCUUGAUAUUUUUGCGGUUGAUUCAUCCUCAGAUUGCUUGAAUGAAAUCAUUCAGCUAAGCUAACAACAACUUCUGCACCCAUUAACAAACUGACUUGGAUUGGAAAGUCAGGAAUCUUGUUUAAAUCGUUAAUUGCUUCAGAGAGAGAACAGCAAUUGGGAUCUUUAGAGGUUACUUUUGCAAGAUUUACUUCCCACCAUUCCUCAAAUCAUUAUUUUCUUGUUUUGGAACAGCAAUCACUUUAAAAUUUGUGGCUUUGAACAACUACUAUUCCAGAUGCAAUGAGAUAUGAUUUAUGAUUCUUGCGGCGGAUGAUGAAAAGUACUUGAAAUUCUGACUAUGAUGUUUCAUAUAAUGUCUAUUGUGGAUUGUGUGAUAUGAUGCAAUCAGAUAAAGAGGCCCCAAUUGAGGUUGUGAAUUGUUGUGAGAGACCAUCAAAACUGUCCUUUUGCA